UACAAGAUAGAAAUCAUAUGUAUUAUUUCCCAACAUGUCAUUCCAAAAUCCCAAUAAUACAAUGCCAUUAUAGGCCCAAGCUCAUGAAACCAUUUCUUAACAAAUAAACAUCCUCACAUUCCCUCCUUUAAUAAUCUUUCUUCCCCUUAUUUUCAUAUAUACUCACACUAUAAUCACCAUGGAAGAACCAUCACCACCACAAGAGUCAUCACCACAACCAUCAUCACCACCACCACUCAUAAAAACCUACACAUUACAAGCCACAUCAAUUUCCUAUACCAAAUCCAUUACCCCCACAACCACACUCUCACCAUUUUUCCUAAUAAAUUCAUGCACCACCACCACAUCACCAACUUCCAUCCUCCAAGACAUCUCCUUAACAGCCUACCCAUCCCAAAUACUCGCCAUCGUUGGCCCGAGCGGAGCCGGAAAAUCGACCCUUCUCGACAUCUUAGCGGCACGAACCUCCCCAUCAUCCGGUACCCUCUUACUAAACUCCUCACCUCUCAUCCCCUCCUCAUACCGAAAACUAUCAUCUUAUGUCCCUCAACAUGACACCUUUUUACCUAUUCUAACCGUUUCCGAAACCUUUUCUUUCUCCGCUAGCCUACUACAACCAAAAUCCAACCAAAUUUCCAGCAUAGUAACCUCUCUACUCUCAGAACUAGGCCUAUCCCAUUUAUGCGAAACACGCCUUGGCCACAACCUGUCAGGGGGUGAGCGAAGACGUGUUUCGAUAGGCCUAAGUCUAUUACAUGAUCCAGGAGUCCUACUCCUGGAUGAACCCACAUCGGGUUUAGACAGUACCUCUGCCUACAAUGUAAUGCAAACAUUAAAAUCCAUAGCCACAACCCGAAACCGAACCAUAAUUUUAUCAAUCCAUCAACCAAGUUUCAAACUACUUUCCACUAUUGACACAAUAUUAUUACUAUCAAAAGGAAAAGUAGUUCAUCAUGGCACAUUACUCUCUCUUGAAAACUUUUUACUAUCCAAUGGUUUUACCCUCCCACCUCAACUUAACUCACUCGAAUAUGCCAUGGAAAUUUUACCUCAAAUCGAAAUUACCACCAAUCCCGAUACCGAAAUUACCCAUACCAUGCCCAUAAGUCACACCCCCACAAAGCGUAAUACCGAAAUAAUCCAAUAUAGAAGCUCAAGAUGUGCCGAAAUAAUCGCUUUGUAUACAAGAUUUUGGCUAAUCAUUUAUAGAACAAAGCAAUUACUCCUAACCAACACUUUACAAGCUUUAGUGGUUGGAAUUGUACUAGGAACAAUUUACAUUAACAUAGGAUACGAUAAAACCGGAAUAGAAAAAAGAUUUGGUCUCUUUGCAUUCACUUUAACUUUUUUACUAUCAUCCACAACCGAAACACUCCCAAUUUUCAUCAACGAAAGACCGAUUUUACUACGAGAAACCUCAAGUGGUGUUUACCGGUUAUCCUCAUAUUUAAUAGCCAACACUCUCGUUUUCUUUCCGUACUUGCUUGUCAUUGCUUUAAUCUAUUCUGUUUCGGUUUAUUUCUUAGUAGGAUUAUGUCAAACUUGGCAAGCAUUUGGGUAUUUUGUUUUAGUCAUUUGGGUUAUUGUACUAAUGGCGAAUUCGUUCAUUUUGUUUUUAAGUUCUAUAGCACCGAAUUACAUCACCGGGACGUCGUUAGUGACUGUUCUACUAGCCGGAUUCUUUCUCUUUUCGGGGUACUUUAUAUCAAAGGAAAGCAUGCCCAAAUAUUGGGUGUUUAUGCAUUAUUUUUCGAUGUAUAAGUACGCGCUGGACGCGCUUUUGAUCAACGAGUAUUCGUGUUUGAUCAACAAGUGUUUGAUAUGGUAUGAUGAGAAGAACCAAAUGUGUAUGGUGACUGGGGCGGAUGUGUUGCAAAAAAGAGGACUUCAUGAGAAUCAAAGAUGGGUUAAUGUUUAUGUGUUGAUUGGUUUUUUUGUGUUUUAUCGUGUGCUUUGUUUGUUGUUUUUGAUUAGAAGGGUUUCUAGAUCAAAAAAGUAAUUUAAUUAGUUUUUGAUCAAGGAACCAUAAUUAGAUAUGAUAAUUAUGAAUGCAAUAUAUAUUUGUCAAGAUUUUUAGUGUGA